CCGCAUUUUACAUUUUGACAGAAUCAAAAUCGGUGACAUAAAAACUCCUAUAGUCCUGUCACUAUACAACAUAGUCGAUUGGUUGACUUUUUUACAAUGUGUCAUUGAGUCAAUUUAAUUAUUUAGGUUGACAUUGAUACAAAAAUUAAAAUGUGAAUUCUUACUGGUCAGACAUUGAAAUGGUGAAUCAGUCGAUUAAGGUAUAUGCUAGAGUAAAGAAAGGAUGUGAAGAAAAACCCACGGUUCCUUAUGAUAUUACAACGAAUAAAGAAGAUUUCGAAGAUUUAACAUUUUACUUAAGCUCAAGAUGUACUUUAAACAACGUAUCUGGAUUCAGGUUUCAUAAAGUAUUCAAUGUAAAUUCAUUACAGGCUGAUAUAUUCGAUAUAAUUGCAAAACCUGUAAUAACGAGUGUAAUGGAUGGAUUUAAUGGAACCAUUUUUGCAUACGGGCAGACUGGUAGUGGGAAAACCUAUACAAUGACUGGUUCGGCAAGUAAUUAUGAUGAAAGGGGAAUUAUUCCAAGAAGUAUACAGUAUAUUUUUCAAUACUAUGAAAACGUUUCUGAAAAACCGACGAUCUAUAUUUCCUAUUUGGAGAUAUAUAAUGAAAUAGGCUACGAUUUGUUAGGUACAAAGCAGGCAAAUAGUACAAGGACUAUAGAUGUACUUCCACGAGUUUCACUUUUGGAAGACAAGAAUGGUGAUGCACAUAUUCGAAAUCUAAACGUUUUUCCUGUCAGCACAGAACAGGAAGCUAUGCGGUUGUUAUUUUUAGGAGACACUAACAGGAAAAUUGCCGAAACUGCUUCGAAUGAAUUUUCGUCGAGGUCCCACUGUAUAUUUACCCUGUAUAUUAAUCUUCGUGACAGCAGUUCUUCAAAUUUACGUUCUUCAAAAUUACACAUUGUUGAUUUGGCAGGUUCAGAGAGAUUAUCGAAAACCAAAACGAAAGGUCCACGUGUUCGAGAAGCCAAAUCUAUAAAUUUAUCUUUACAUUAUUUGCAGCAUGUCAUUUUAGCGUUAUCUAAAUCCAAAAGAACUCAUAUUCCUUACAGAAAUAGCUUUUUAACUCAUAUGUUGAGAGAUUCCUUAAACGGAAAGUCUGUAACGAGUAUGUUGGCAACAAUAUCGGCGAAAAACCUUAAUAUUGAGGAAACAAUAAGUACUUGCCGAUUUGCUCAAAGAGUUUCUAUGAUAUCGACGGAUCCAGUUAUAAAUGUUUUGGACCCUCAACGCGAAAUAGCCUUUUUGAAGCUUAAAAUUGACGACUUGGAAAAACGGCUUUCUAGUUCUACGCCAAGGGGAUUUAUUGAUAGUAAAUGUUUGAGCAAAAAGAAAAUGGACGACUGCGCAGCGAAGAUUAAAUCUUUUAUUAGAUCCAACAAGGGCAAUAUUAAUAUCGAACCAGAUAUGGCAGAAGUUCAAUAUUGUUUUAAUUUACUGAAAAAAGAAGUCGAAAAUAAGAAAAAAGAAUGUGUAGAUCUCGAAAAAUCGUUAGUUAAAAGAAAUUCCGAGAUAACUGUGCUAAGUGAAGAGUUAAAUAAAAAGGAACUUGAAAUUGCAAACCUGAAAAAAAUCAUCGACCGUAUUCCAGAAAAUCCAGCUCCGUUAAAACCCAUAGUUCCCAUGGAUUCCCAUAAACCCAUAAAUUCACUUAAUUCAAACCCGAACAAAAGCAAUGACUUAGCAAUUAUCCCUAAACCAACCACUGAAUACUCUAAUCGUCCCAGUUCGUAUGAAGAAAAACGUCUCUAUGAAAUAUUUACAUCCAAUCCAGGAGUGUCAGAAACUCUAAACUACUACAAAAGGGAAUUGGAAGAACGAUUGACUGUGGCAAAGAAAUGCGCCAAGAAUAUCGAGGUGUCUCAAAGAAAAAUCAGUAAUAUUAAACAAAAGCUAGAUGGUUUACCAGUUGGAACCGAGAAGAGCCAGCUUCUGGUAGAGUUGGAAAAUCAGCAAACGUUGUAUAAGGCAACUCUAGAUCAGUUGAGGCUUUUACAAGGCGAAACGUUCCGCCUUCAAUAUGAUCUUAAGAAAGCUGAAGGAACGUCACAAACUAACGGAAUGUCACAAUCCCAAUUUCAAGAGUGGAAAAAAGAUUAUUGUUCAACUCUUUUCCCUCCACCGGCUUUCGAUUUUAAACCAUAUAACAAAAAGCCUUUACCUAUAGGGAUAUAUCCUUUGGAGGGAUACCAUUCAAAGCAAGUUAUACAAAAUCGUGACAAUGAUCAAAUGUUUGUAAAUGGACCAAAAUCUAUGAAACAGAUGACAAAUCCUUUGGAGGGAUACAAUUCAAACCAAGUUAUACAAAAUCGUGACAAUGAUCAAAUGUUUGUAAAUCGACCAAAAUCUAUGAAACAGGUGACAAAUCCUUUGGAUGGAUACCAUUCAAACCACGUUGUACAAAAUCGUGACAAAGAUCAAAUGUUCGUAAAUGGACCAAACUCUAUUAAACAGUUGACAAAUCCUUUGGAUGGAUACCAUUCAAACCAAGUUGUACAAAAUCGUGCCAAAGAUCAAAUGUUCGUAAAUAGACCAAAAUCUAUUAAACAAGUGACAAAUUCUUUGGAGGGAUACCAUUCAAACCAAGUUGUGCAAAAUCGUGACAAUGAUCAAAUGUUUGUAAAUGGACCAAAAUCUAUGAAACAAGUGACAAAUCCUUUGGAUGGAUACCAUUCAAACCAAGUUGUACAAAAUCGUGACAAUGAUCAAAUGUUCGUAAAUGGACCAAAAUCUAUGAAACAAGUGACAAAUCCUUUGGAUGGAUACCAUUCAAACCAAGUUAUGGAAAAUCGUGCCAAUGAUCAAAUGUUUGUAAAUGGACCAAAAUCUAUGAAACAAGUGACAAAUCCUUUGGAUGGAUACCAUACAAACCAAGUUGUACAAAAUCGUGACAAUGAUCAAAUGUUCGUAAAUGGACCAAAAUCUAUGAAACAAGUGACAAAUCCUUUGGAUGGAUACCAUUCAAACCAAGUUAUGGAAAAUGGUGCAAAUGAUCAAAUGUUUGUAAAUGGACCAAAAUCUAUGAAACAAGUACAUUUUGGUCCAGUAAUAAAUACUAAUACACGUCCCGAGGUUACAUCUUAUUUUACGAAGCAAUAUCCUUCUGAUGUGCCUAAUAUAUUAAGAUCAAGCAAGAAAAACACAGAUAUUCCUUCUUUGAACGAAUCCACGGAAGACUAUUUCAGUAACAUAUACGGUGCUAGUAUAUUACAAAACAUAAAUGAAAGUAUUCUUUACGACGAGCCUUCUCGAUCCCAUUCUACUCAAGAUUCAAGACCUGCAGUAGGUUGCAAAGAUGUUAUCACAUACCCUAUAACUAAUAUCAGUCAAGUAAGACCUUACUAUCCUUGUCAGAAGGAAGAUAAUUUGCUUUUGGGCACUAAAUCUUAUAUAUUGCCUGAAGAUCUAGUGGCUACUAAGGAGUCUGGUUGUACAUUUACUUCAGCUGAAAACCAAAAAACUGGAUUUUAUCCGAAGGAGUCAGUCUUAUCUAUUAAAACACCUAUUAACAUGGAAUGUUCUUACGGUAAUGUAUCCAAAACAACUAAAUCUUUUACGGCCUUGGCUCUACGUCCUUCACCAAGAUCUGAAUCCAAAACAACUAAAUGUACUACUCCUUUGACUUUACGUCCUUCACCAACGUCUGAAUCCGAAACAACUAAAUCUACUACCCCUUUGACUGUAGGUCCUUUUCCAAGGUCUGGAUCUGAAACAACUAAAUCUACUACUCCUGUGACUGUAAGUCCUUCACCAAAAUCUGAAUCCGAUACAACUAAAUCUACUUCUCCGUUGUCUGUAAGUCCUUCACCAAGGUCUAAAUAUUCUCCAAAAGAAAAUAAAUGCAAAGAGAAAGAAAAAGAUGAUGAUAAAAAUACGACUCUUGAAUCAUAUUUUCUAGAAACGGAUACUACUGAAUUUAAAGAGUUUAUGAAGAAUGUUACUUUGACUGGAUUAGCAGAUAUCGAUAAAGAAAUUUUUGAUUUUUACAGAAGCAAAUUUUGUUAAUGUUAAUAAAUUGUUUAUAUGAAA